AUGAAGCUUCAAGUUCAAACCAUCACAAUUUUUCUUUGUUUUUGCAUCGGAUUUCAAGUUAGAGCUGAAAGUGCAACAGAAGAUUUUAUCAAAAAAGCAGGUCAUGCCGUCGAAAAACAUGAAGUAACAACGGAAGAUGGAUACAUCAUAACUCUACAUCGCAUAAAAUCCCCUUUAAGAGCUCCUGUCUUGCUUGUUCAUCCGAUGGGAACGUCAGGCGUUAUUUGGGUUGUUCCAUUUCAACCAAAUGCAAAACCAAUCGCCAUCAGUAUUUUCGAAAGCAGUUACGAUAUUUGGAUUUUGCAUCAUCGUGGCACGAAAGAAUCUCUCGGGCAUCUUACAAUUGAUCCAUCGGUUCAUUAUUAUUGGAAUUUUACUUUGCACGAACUUGCUCUUUUUGACGUGCGAAACUCCAUCGACUACAUUUUCGAGAAAACAGAAAGACCAUUGAAUUACGUGGGAGUUUCGCAAGGAGCGAGUCUUUUGAUGAUGUUGCUCGCAACAAAACCGGAAUACAAUCGAAAAAUAUUCGGGGCUUAUUUAAUUGCGCCGUUUUACGAAUGUAACGUUUCGCCUUCAAUUCAAACUGGAUAUUCGAAAUUUUUGAAGAAAAUUCAGGAAAAUUUUCUUAAUCCGUUGACUUAUAAUAUUGUUUGGGAUAUUGGAAAUCCGUAUUUGUAUCAAGAAAUGGAACCAAUUUUAAAAAGCAAAAGUGAAGUUGAUCGUUUCAUGCAAGAAACAGCUUUACUUGUUGGAAAAUUCAAUCCCGACUUGGAUUAUACAUCCAUUUUGAACUUGACAUUAAACGUUAUUGGAGAUUGCGUGGGAAUGAAUACCGUCAAGCACUUGAACCAAAUUAUCCAAUCGCAUAAAUUUGCGAGAUUUGACUAUGGCGAAGAGGAAAACAAACGAAUUUAUGGUCAAAAGACGCCUCCAGAGUAUGAUUUGUCGCCAAUUAAAAUUGCAACAGCAAUUUGCGCCUUUGAAUCUGAUGUUCUUUCAAAUAUGAAGGAUUGUGAAAAGUUAUCGACGAAAUUUCCAAAAUCGAGAUACGUUCAUUUUGCGGGAAAUCAGUUGGAUUUUUGGGCAACACAAAAAAGUGUCGAUGCGAUUCUUCAUGAUUUUGAUUUGUUUGAGCAGAAUUUGAUUGUGCUUCAAUAUUCAGCGAGUGUUUACACUAGUUUCAAAAUGAAGUCAAAAUGA